UCUUUUAAUCCGGGCAGUCAAAGUAAUAUUUUAGGUGUAGGUUGGGUUUGAGGUCUCCUUGAUAAUCGGACUUGCAAUAUACAGCGUUAUUUUUCGUGCGGUAUAAAUCAUUUACCAUUUCUAUCCUUUCUAGAAAGGACACCUUUGUUGGGUAGCCGUCUAGCCAACAGCUAGAAAGAUCCUGCUUGGUUUUGUGAUGGUGUUGGCCGGACGUUGGAGCUCCUGUACUCAUGGUCGCCGUGUUCAGAUGAUGAGACAUGCAGGGCGACUAUAACAUCGGAUUUGUGCAGCAGAUUCUCAGUUUGAAUUUGGUCCCGGGGAAAAAUGCCACUAACUGUGGGGGGAACAGCACAUCGCUGUGCAAUUUUCGAGAGAUGUGGUUUGGUAUAUUCCUGUGGGCAUUUGUCUCAUCGUUGGUGUUCCACCUUCCUGCAGCUCUGCUGGCCCUUGCCACACUCCGAAGACAUAAGAUGGCACGCUUCUUGCCCCUCGCCAUCAUGUUCAUGGGUGUUGUAGGCCCUCUGUUUGGAGGGGUGCUCACAAGUGCAGCAAUUGCAGGGGUCUACAUGGCAGCAGGGAAGAAGAUGAUCUCUUUGGAAGCCUUGGUGUUUGGAGUAGGACAGUCUUUCUGUGUCCUCGUCAUCUCCUUCCUCAGAGUGCUGGCCACCCUGUAGCCUUUGAGCCCCAUGCCCUGCCAGGUUGCCACUGCUUAGGAGGAGAGCUAUGAUCGGCUCAGUUCACUUCCCCUGGACAUCAUAUGCAAAAACACGGAGGCCUUAUUUUCCAGAGGUGUCCCAAAAGAUAGAAAGAUAUAUAUUAAAAAAUAUAUAGAUAUAAUUUUUUUUUAAAAGUCAGAAUGUCAGGUUUCAGAGAGUGAUAGUGCAGUGGAAGGGUUUACACAGUCUUGCUCCAUCGCCAGUAGACAGGUAUGGACCUAUCUUCAUUUCGGAGCUGGCCUUCUUACACAGGUGGUUUGCAUGUGUGCGCUUUGCAUAAAGAAGAGCUACAGAUCUUCAACCCUGAGGGCCAUGGAGCCACAAUAUUCAUUGUUAAGAACAACAGUGUUUGGUUUCAACAAGCUCCUAACAAAAUUGAGAUUUACCUUUGUUUCGAGAGGGUGUGUAUGUGUGUGUGCACGCCACUGUCAUGAGCUCACUGUUCUGAUAAUGGUGGACUUCCUGAAAUGACGAGACUGGUCUUUCGAUAUCAGACUCCUGGUUUUUAUAUUCCAGAUUCUCCUCGUUCGACACGUAGUAGGUAUAGAUAUGACGUGAUCAUUUCCAUUCUGUACAUAUUAAAUUCCAUUCCAGCUCCUACUCAAGUUGUGGAGGAUAAAUAUUUCUUACAUUCGUUUUACACUGAGCAAUUUAAUCUUGUAGACCAAAAUCUAUAGAGUUGUCUUAUUUUGGGAGUGGGGGGCUUAUUAAUUUCUGCUCUUGUUUGUUUAUACUGCAUUUCAAGUUUUUGUUUUGUUUUAAUGGCUCAUGAUGGUGUCUUACAGGUUUUAACUGUUCAUUUAUUUUUGUUACAUUUUCCUUUCUUGAAAGGUCUUUCUUGUAGGUCUAGGUUUGGGAUAUGAAAGCAGUCUCCUGAGAUCCCUUUUCCCUUGAGAAAUUUUUGCGGCAUUUAAAUGGUUUGAGUUACACAGAUAACAUAUAUUUUAACAUUUUCACAGUUAAAUUGUAAAGUGUUAUUUACAGUAAUAUAUAUUGUUAAAUACAGUAAUAUAUUGUUGCUUUGAUUUUUAAUAUACUCAUAAGUUUCCAUGUGAGGCAACGUCUGUUCAUAUUGCCUACUACAUGAAUGUCUAUCAGAUUUCAGUGAAAUCCCUAAUAGAACUUCGUACACCUUUUACCAAAGAGAUCUUAACACUGACCUAUGUCUAUUACAAAAUUGAGAACCAUAGUCUUUACUGUUGUUGUGAAAAGGUUUCAGGCAGGGACACAAAAGGCUUUGAUCAACUGGCUGUACCUAAAUCAAAUAUUCAUACCGAUUUACAUAUGUACUCAAAGUAGUUAAGUUGGAAAUAAGAGGCUCAGAGCAUAAGGCUUUCAUACCUUACAUCAAGAAGAGGCAUGUGGAAUAAGCUUCAUUCAUGUGCACGUAGGCUUUGCUUUUGAUGUCAAAGUUGUACCACAGCUGCAUCACAAGUGUAGACUUGAGGCAACUAUGCAGUCACGGAGCAUUUGACCAGCUCGCUGUUUAUGUGAAGUAGUGUUGAAUAGAUUACUCAGUCAUCUAGAACUGCACUAAUCAAAUCCAAGUAACCCCUUCCUUCUAAAGGCAUAGGGAGACUCACUCGCUGUUGUGCAAGUUGUGUUCAUACUUCUGACAGGCAAAAAGCUGCUUGGAGGAUUAAAUUACCAAUGUGGUAAAAAAUAAUAAUUUGGGGACACAUUGGAAUCGUCUCAUUUCCUUGACGCUCCUCCUUUAUUAGGUACAUUAGCAGUUUGUAACUGUUGUUUUCCUUUCGCAUCUUAAACAAUGCACUAUGAUUUAAAUUGCGUUCUCUCCUUUAUUUAAGACACCUAGAAGAUGCUUUUCCCCCGAAGCUUCAGUAAAGGUGUGGACUGUUAUUGUUGGAGUGUCUGCUAAUCUUUUAUGAAUGGAAUCCUUAGUCUUUAACCAGGCUGCAUUGGGAAUGUUGGCAGUGCUCUUGGUGUUAGCCAUGGAAAACAUUUGAAAGCGAUGUUUUUCUUAUUCUGGGCCUAUGGUCUUUACUAUUUCACAAAUGCAUUUAUUUUUUUAAUGUCCAUCUAUUUUCCCUCGAUAUGAAGUGACUGCUUGUUGUCUCCUUAAAUUGUCUUGUUUUCUGAUUGCAAUUAUUUUAACAUGUGAUUUUAUGGGUUGAUUUUCAUUUAUGGGUUGGGUUUAAUUAUUCAUACUGUAUAUUAAGUGCCAAUGGUUAAUAUUUUCAUGUAAUAAAAUGUUUUAGAUGACAGUU